AAUCUCCUACCAACUCAUUUCUGUCUGCUUCCAUUCCCAUUCCCAUUUUUCCUCCCUUUUUUUUGUUUAUCAAACACUCUCUUCUUCUUCUUUCUCACUCACACGCUCGUCAUGUCUUCUCAUCACUACUUCUUUUCCACCCACUUUCACCCUUCUUCUCUCUUUUCUUCUUCUUAUCGUACUCUUCUCCCUUUUUCUCAUCUAAUAUUCUCCAAAACCUCUGCGUGUGUUGCGUUUUCGGUGGCUAAUAAUAAAGGCAAAAAACAAGAGGCAUUAAGAUGCAGAGCUGUCUCAAAACCACGAGAAACAUUGGAGGGUGGCAUAGCAACCUUAAAGGUGAAUGAGAUUAAUGUAGACGAAACAAUACAAGAGGAGCAAAAUACUGAGGUUGAAGUGAAGGAUGAGAUCAAAAAAAGGGUGGAAGCUAUAAAAUCGUUGUUGGAUUCAAUGGAAGAUGGAGAGAUAUCAGUGUCUGCCUAUGACACAGCAUGGGUUGCUCUUGUUGAAGAUGUUAAAGGAAGUGGUUCUCCUCAAUUUCCAAAAAGCCUUGAAUGGAUUUCAAACAACCAACUCCUUGAUGGUUCUUGGGGUGACAGUCAAGUAUUCUCAGCCCAUGAUCGAAUACUCAACACCUUGGCUUGUGUCGUUGCAUUAAAAACAUGGAAUAUGCAUCCUGAACAAUGUGACAAAGGAAUGAAAUUCUUCAAAGAGAACCUUGAGAAGCUUCAGAAUGAGAAUGAUGAACACAUGCCAAUUGGUUUCGAAGUAGCUUUCCCUUCACUUAUGGACAUAGCGCGUAAGCUGAACAUUGAAGUGCCUGAGGAUUCACCUAUAUUAAAAGAAAUUUAUGCUAAGAGAAACUUAAAACUAACCAGAAUACCAAGAGAAGUGAUGCAUAAAGUGCCCACAACUCUUUUACAUAGCUUGGAAGGGAUGUCAGGCUUGAAUUGGAAACAGCUUCUAAAACUUCAAUCUCAAGAUGGCUCAUUCUUGUUCUCUCCAUCUUCCACUGCGUUUGCUCUCAUGCAAACCAAAGAUCAUAAUUGCCUCUCUUACUUGAAUAAAGCCAUUAAUAAGUUCAACGGUGGAGUUCCAAAUGUGUAUCCAGUGGAUUUGUUUGAACAUCUUUGGACGGUAGAUCGAUUGCAGCGCCUUGGGAUAUCGCGAUAUUUUGGCCAACAUAUCAAAAACUGUCUGAGCUAUGUUUUCAAUUACUGGACUGAAAAGGGUAUUUGUUGGGCAAAAAAUUCGAGUGUUCAAGAUAUUGAUGACACAGCAAUGGGUUUCAGAUUACUAAGACUACAUGGGUAUAAGAUGCCAGCCAAUGUGUUUAAAAACUUCCAAAGAAACGGUGAAUUUUUUUGCUUUGCUGGGCAAUCAACACAAGGGUUGACCGGAAUGUUCAAUCUAUAUAGAGCAACACAAUUGAUGUUCCCUGGAGAAGAGAUUCUUGAGAGUGCAAAGAGUUUUUCUGAAAAGUUUUUGAGGGAAAAACAAGAGUCAAAUCAGCUAGUUGAUAAAUGGAUCAUAAUGAAGAAUUUGCCAGAAGAGGUGGCAUAUGCUUUGGACAUCCCAUGGUAUGCAAGCUUAAAUAGAGUGGAGACAAGAUUCUACAUUGAUCAAUAUGGUGGUGAGAGUGACAUUUGGAUUGGCAAAACUCUUUACAGGAUGCCAAUUGUGAACAACAACCACUAUUUGGACCUAGCUAAAUUAGAUUACAACAACUGCCAAGCUGUCCAUCUAACAGAAUGGGAAAAGAUUCAAGAGUGGUACUCAAAUUUGAAAUUAGCAGAAUUUGGACUGAGCAAAAACACUCUGCUAUUGGCAUACUUUUUGGCGGCAGCCAGCAUCUAUGAACCUGAAAGGUCCCAGGAGAGGCUUGCAUGGGCUAAGACCACUGCAUUGCUUGAAACAAUAGCAUCCUAUGUUACCGAUGACGAUGCUGAUUCAAGAAAAGAUUUCGUUACAAAAUUCACUCAAUGCUUUGACAAAUGUGACAAUUCUGUUGGAUGGAGGUUGAAGAAGAAUAGAACAGGACAGGAACUUACUCAGAUUUUAGUUGCAGAUAUAGAUCAAAUUUCUUGGGAUAUACUCGUAUCUCAUGGUCAUGAAAUUGGAUAUGACAUGCAUCAUGCGUGGAAAAAAUGGCUUUCAAGUUGGCAAUUAGAAGGGAACAAUUGCGAAGGAAAAGCAGGGCUAUUGGUGCAUAUAAUAAACCUAAGCGGUGGACAUUGGAAUUCAGAGGAAGAGCUGAGCUUCAAUCCACAAUAUCAGCAUUUGCUCCAAUUAACCAACUCAGUGUGUCACAAGCUCUAUUCUUUCCAAAAGGACAAGGAAAAUGAGCCUGGAAGGUACAAUGGGAAGCACAAGAUUACAACUUCAGAAGUAGAGUCUGAGAUGAGAGAACUUGUGCAGUUGGUGUUACAAAAAUCUUCAACUAAUGACCUUGGUUUCAACAUAAAGAACACUUUCCUGAUGGUGGCAAAGAGUUUUUACUAUGCAGCCUUUUGUGAUUCAAGGACCAUCAACUUCCAUGUUGCUAAAGUUCUCUUUGAGAAAGUUGUUUGAUGAUGAUCUUUAAUGAAAUGAGAUAGGUUGUAGUUGCAUCAGUGUACAACUGUACAAGUGUACAUGAUCUCCAUCAAUGUAAUAUAAAUAAAUGAAUAAUAAGAAGUUGUCGUAUUUCAAUUUAA